CCAAACGCCGACCAUUUUCCUCCACACAAACCCAAAACUCACAUAAACAGCAACAAAAAUCUCACGAACUCCACACAUUAUUCUAUACCCACUUCCAAAUCCCCCUUCUCAUUCACUUACAGCCUCCAACAAUGGCUUCCACCUCCUGUUUCCUCCACCACCACGCCCUCACCGCCUCCUCCGCAAGAUCGUCGUCCUCCCCACGCCAGGUGGCUCCGCUCAAGCCUGCGCAGCUGCUUGUCUGCCGUGCCCAGAAGCAGCAGCCCGUUCUGGAGGAGGACGGCGGCGUUGUCUCUCGCCGAUUGGCUCUCACUGUCCUCAUUGGCGCCGCUGCUCUUGCCUCCAAGGUUUCUCCGGCUGAUGCUGCUUAUGGAGAAGCUGCCAAUGUGUUUGGAAAGCCAAAGAGCAACACAGAUUACUUGCCAUACAAUGGAGAUGGAUUCAAGCUUUCAAUUCCUUCCAAGUGGAAUCCAAGCAAAGAAAGGGAAUUCCCAGGCCAAGUUCUUAGAUAUGAAGACAACUUUGAUUCCAACAGCAAUCUUAGCGUAAUUAUCAACCCAACCGACAAGAAAUCCAUCAAAGAUUAUGGCUCCCCAGAAGAAUUCCUUGCCCAGGUUGACUUUUUGCUGGGGAAACAAGCCUACUUUGGAAAGACUGCCUCUGAGGGUGGGUUCGACCCGGACGCAGUGGCAACAGCGAACGUAUUGGAGAGCUCGGUGUCGGAAGUUGGAGGACAACCAUACUACUUCUUGUCAGUGUUGACAAGAACUGCAGAUGGAGAUGAGGGUGGGAAGCACCAGCUGAUCACAGCGACUGUGAAGGAUGGAAAGCUUUACAUCUGCAAGGCACAAGCGGGAGACAAGAGGUGGUUUAAAGGAGCAAGGAAGUUUGUGGAGGGUGCUGCCGCUUCUUUCAGUGUUGCUUAACAAUGUUGAUUAGUACUGUGUGUAAGAGCGAGAGAGAGGCGUUUGUUGUAUAUUUUGGAGAACACUACCUUAGCCAAUGAAAGGGAUUGCCAAAAUCCACCGUUAGUAGGUA